AUGGUAGCAAUCAACUACAUAUGUAUUCGCAUUCUUGGAGAAGGGCCUGAUGGAGGUCAAGAUGAUGCGUGUGCUAGAGCUCGCAAGUGGAUUCAAGAUCAUGAUGGCGUAACAUAUAUACCGACGUGGGGGAAAACUUGCCUUUCGAUACUAGGUUUAUUCGACUGGUCGGGAGUCAACCCAAUGCCUCCGGAGUUUUGGAUGCUUCCUUCUUUUCUUCCUAUGCAUCCAGCUAAAAUGUGGUGUUAUUGUCGGCUAGUUUACUUGCCUAUGUCUUACUUAUAUGGGAAGAGAUUUGUGGGUCCAAUCACACCACUUGUUCUUCAGUUGAGAGAAGAAAUCUUUAUUCAACCUUAUCAUAAAAUUAAUUGGAAAAAAGCACGCCAUGCCUGUGCAAAGGAAGAUCUUCACUAUCCUCAUCACUUCAUACAAGAUCUAUUAUGGGAUAGUCUAUACAUGAUCUCUGAACCACUUCUUACGCGUUGGCCAUUCCACAAUAUGGUAAGAGAGAAGGCCCUUCAGAUAACAAUGAAGCAUAUCCAUUACGAAGAUGAGAAUGGUCGAUACAUGGACAAUGGAUGUGUGGAAAAGGUUUUGUUUAUGCUUGCUUGUUGGGUGGAAGAUCCAAAUGGAGAUGCUUUCAAGAAGCAUCUUGCAAGGAUCCCUGAUUACUUAUGGCUUUCAGAAGACGGAAUGACCAUGCAGGGUGUUGGUUGCCAAUCAUGGAAUGCUGGAUUACUUGUUCAAGCUCUGCUUGCCACAAACCUUAUUGACGAAAUUGGUCCUACACUUUUGAAAGGACACGACUUUCUCAAGAAAUCUCAGGUUAAGGAAAACCCUUCAGGAGACUUUAAAAGAAUGUUUCGUCACAUUUCUAAAGGAUCAUGGACCUUCUCUGAUCAAGAUAAUGGAUGGCAGGUUUCUGAUUGCACUGCAGAAUGUUUUAAGUGCUGUCUACUUUUAUCAAUGUUGCCAUCAGAGAUAGUUGGUGAAAAGAUGGAUGAUGAAAAGUUAUUUGAUUCGGUUAAUCUCCUUUUGUCGCUUCAGGGUAAGAAAGGUGGUUUCUCAGCAUGGGAGCCAGCAGGAGCUCAAGAAUGGUUGGAAGUGCUCAAUCCCACAGAAUUUUUCGAGGACUUGGUAGUUGAGCAUGAAUAUGUUGAAUGUACAGCAUCGGUAAUUGAGGCUCUUGUAUUGUUUAAGAAACUAUAUCCGGAGCAUAGGAAGAAAGAAAUCGAGAAUUCCAUUAUUAAGGCAGUUCGAUUCAUUGAGGAUACCCAAACAACUAAUGGUUCAUGGUAUGGUAAAUGGGGAGUUUGCUUCAUUUAUGGCACAUACUUUGCUGUUGCUGGGCUUGCAGCAUGUGGCAAGACUUACUCCAAUUGCACUGCAAUUCGAAAAGCUGUUGAGUUUCUUCUUGCAACACAAAGGGAGGAUGGUGGGUGGGGGGAGAGCUAUCUAUCAUGCCCAAAAAAGAUAUACGUACCCCUUGAAGGAAAUUGUUCAAAUGUUGUACAAACUGCAUGGGCUCUGAUGGCUCUCAUUCAUUCUGGACAGGAUAAGAGAGACCCAACUCCUCUUCAUCAUGCAGCAAAGUUGCUCAUCAAUUCUCAACUAGAAGAUGGUGAUUGGCCACAACAGGAAUGCACAGGCGUAUUCUUGAGGAAUUGCCUUAUCCAUUUUGUAAUGUAUCGAAAUAUUUUUCCAAUGUGGGCUCUAGCUGAAUAUCGCAGAGAAGUCCUGUGUGCUCAUGAUCUAAAAUGCAGUUUGUGA